CCGAUGGUUCAGGGAUGUGGAGCAGUUGUGAAAUAUGCACUUUUUGUGGCAAAUCUUAUCAUCAUGCUAGGUGGCGUCGUGGUUUUCGGCGUUGGCGUGUGGACCCUGGCUGACAGAAGCUUCAUGGAGCGAUUAUUAGGAUCGAAUCUAUACGUGUCGUCAGCGGCCAUCAUGAUAUGUACAGGGCUCGUGACGACAUUUGUAGCUUUCUUGGGAUGUUUCGGUGCGUGGAAGGAACUGCGCUGCUUACUCAUGGCGUUUUUCGCGAUUCUUCUCGUCCUCUUCGUCGUCAUGAUGGUCGGAGGCAUUCUAGGAUACGUCUUCAGGAACGAGGUUGACGAUCGGAUGUACGCCGAGAUGAUCUCCUCCAUACCCAAGUACAAGAAUGAUUCGGCGGUGACUCGAACAUGGGACAGCGUACAGCAGGCGUUCCGGUGUUGCGGCAUGCAAGUUCGGGGGCCAACUCCAUCAACUGAUCCCCCGAUGCGAAUUUGGUUCCAAAACCCCAACUUCAAUCUCUUCGUCCAGGUCCCGGAUUCCUGUUGCAUGAGAAAGGAAUGGCUCGGUGGAUGCCGCGAACGACCAACAGAACGCGACACCUACAUGGAUAAUUGUUAUACCAAAAUGCGAGACUUCAUGAAGAGCCAUGCCGAGGUCAUCGGCGGUCUUGGGAUAGGGAUCGCAUGCGUCCUGCUCAUCGGCAUGAUUUUGUCGUGCAUACUCAUCGUCAUUAUUUUCUGA